GUUUCCAGUGAAGGAAGGAGGCGGAGGAAGGAGGAAUGCUGCAGGAUGCUUAUUAUUAUGGCUGUCAGAUCCAGUGGCAAUUAGAUAAAACAUCCAUUUUCAUGUGAGAUUUACGAGGAUGAUGGGCACCAUGUCCGCUGCAGCUGUCGCGGUGUGGCUCGGCACGGUGGUCACCAUCUUGUCGAGGUCUCAUGCAGACCGUAACGUCUACCCAUCUGCGGGAGUGCUGUUUGUCCAUGUUCUGGAGAGAGAGUACUUCAAAGGAGAGUUUCCUCCCUACCCAAAAUCAGGUGAUGCAAGCAACGACCCGAUCACUUUCAACACCAACCUGAUGGGCUACCCCGACAGGCCAGGCUGGCUGCGUUACAUCCAGAGGACGCCGCACAGCGACGGAGUGCUCUAUGGUUCCCCCACCGCAGAACACGUUGGCAAGCCCACCGUCAUAGAGAUUACUGCCUAUAACAGACGCACUUUUGAGACAGCACGGCACAACUUGGUCAUAAACAUCAUGGCCACAGAAGAGUUCCCUUUGCCCUACCAGGCGGAGUUUUACAUCAAAAACAUGAACGUGGAGGAGAUGCUGGCCAGCGAGGUGCUGGGGGACUUCCUCGGAGCGGUGAAGAACGUCUGGCAGCCUGAGCGCCUCAACGCCAUCAACAUCACCUCAGCACUGGACCGUGGUGGCCGUGUGCCCCUGCCCAUCAAUAACCUCAAAGAAGGAGUGUAUGUGAUGGUUGGCGCUGAUGUUCCCUUCUCAUCGUGCCUGCGGGAGGUGGAAAGCCCACAUAACCAGCUGCGCUGCAGUCAGGAGAUGGAGCCUGUCAUCAGCUGUGACAAGAAGUUCAGAGCUCAGUUUCACAUCGACUGGUGUAAAAUUUCCCUGGUUGACAUCAACAAAGUAGUCCCAGUGUACAUUACCCGUCCUGACCCAGGCACAGGGAUCCUCCCUGAAUUUGGGGACUACAACCCGCCCUCUGAGUCUCUGAAGAGCCGGGACUACUUCUCUGACUUCCUCAUCACGCUGGCUGUUCCCUCCGCCGUGGCACUAGUCCUCUUCUUCAUCCUCGGCUACACUAUGUGCUGCCGACGGGAAGGGGUGGAAAAAAGAAACAUGCAAACACCAGACAUCCAGCUGGUUCACCACAGCUCCAUCCAGAAGUCCACCAAGGAGCUGCGGAGCAUGUCUAAGAACCGCGAGAUCUCCUGGCCACUCUCCACCUUGCCCGUCUUCAACCCGGUCAGUGGCGAGGUGGUGCCACCCAUCCACCCGGACAACUACGAGACCACCAGCAUGCCCCUCAUGCAGACACAGACGAACCUGCAAAAUCAGAUUACAAUACCACAGCAACGGCCAUCAGGAGAUAAUUAUGUCAUGUCAACGUUUCGAAGGCUGGAGGUAAAUGGUAUUCCUGAAGAGCGAAAGGUGGCCGAAGCCCUUAAUUUGUGACCCGAACACAGCGGUGUUGGAGCAACCUUUGUUUCCAUAUCUAUAUAUUUGUUUUUUUUCCUCUAACAUUUGUGCCAAUCUGCAUGCCUCAGAAGUGUCUUUACAGAGUUUACUGUCCAAAUGCACUUACACCUUGAAGAGUGAGUGAAAGAGAACAAAAGAGCUUAGCUGAUUUUAAAGAUACAUUAGAAUAUUUUGGAAUAUGUAUAAAUGUUAAUUAAAUUUGUUAACUAUGACGUUUGUAUUUCUAAUUGCUUUGCACAAUGGACCUUGGAGACGAAAAGGGAGUUUUACAUGGAAAAGCUCUAGUUGUCAUGUGUUAUUAAUUAUAUGUAAAGUGUCACAUGAUGACAAUAAAACAUUUCAAAAUA